CACUCCUUUGUGCCACUAGCAACUGCCUGCCUGCCUGACCUAUAUACCUUGAACUAGUCCUCCGCCACCUGUCUCUCCCUCUCGCCCCGCGACCUACGCGUCGCACUGCAGAAAUUCCACCGGAGCCCACCGAGCGCGCUGCAUUGCAUCACCAUCACGACCAUUCCCAUCCUACAUACCUGUACUGACCUCGUGUUGCCUUGCACUCUGCCUCACUUGGCCUGACAUCGUCUGCAACACGACAGCAUACAGUACCUAGAUGUACCUGCUACUAUGAGUAACGACACGUGACGGCCGACAUCCAUCUCCCCCGACUGCACCCACGACCACUCUUCGAACCGUCCACACCCAGACAGUAAGACAGCCAGCGGCAGGGAAAGAGAACCGCCGCCGCCGCCAUGGCUCUCUCGAGCCUGGUCGCCAACCUGCUCAACAGGUUCUUGGGCAUGUACGUCAAGAACUUCGAUCCCAAGCAGGUCAAUGUGGGCAUCUGGUCCGGCGACGUCAAGCUCACCGACCUGGAGCUAAAACGGGAAGCCCUUGACCACCUCCACCUGCCUUUGAAUGUGAUCGAAGGACAUAUCAGCUCGCUGACCUUGAAGAUUCCCUGGUCGAAUCUUCGGGGCCAGCCUGUCCGCAUCAGUGUCGAAGAUGUCUUCCUGCUCGCUGCGCCGAAAGAGGACCAGGAAUACAAUGCAGACGAGGAGGCGAAGCGAGCACAUGCUGUCAAGAUGGAGAAGCUGGACAGCGCCGAACUUCUGAGGGAGCGCAACACUGAGGGCAUGUCUCAAGAGGAGCAACAGAAGCAGCAGUCCUUCACCGCCGCUUUGACCACUACCAUUGUCGACAAUGUGCAGAUUCAGGUCCAGAAUGUCCACAUUCGCUAUGAGGAUGCUUUGUCAGAUCCAGGACAUCCUUUCGCCGCGGGCCUCACUCUGCAAGAGCUGAGUGCCGUUUCCACCGAUGAAAAUUGGAAGCCCACGUGGGUGGCGGGCACGAGCACUACAACACACAAGCUUGCCACUCUGGGCUCGCUUGCAGUGUACUGGGAUACGGACGCGAAGUUGUUGGGAACAGGCACGGGCGAAAAGCAAGAUCUGGACCAUGCUGCGACAAUGGACAAGUUCCGCCAAAUGAUUGUCAAGAGCGGCGAUACUGAGGCGAUCAAGGAUCAUCAGUUCAUCCUGAAGCCUGUUUCUGGUCGUGCUGGCUUGGAAAUGGACAAGACUGGCAAAUUCGAUCGUCCGAAAAUGAAGGCUCGGCUCCUGUUUAAUGAGCUUGGCUUCCUCAUCGACGACACUCAAUAUCGAGAUGCACUGAUGCUGGUAGACUUAUUCCAUUACUUCAUUCGUCAUCAAGAAUAUAAGAAAUUGCAACCAAAGACGACUCCCAAGGAAGACCCACGUUCCUGGCUGCAGUUCGCUGGAAAGGCUGUACUCGAUCGUAUACAUGACAAGAACAAGCGCUGGUCAUGGGCGUACUUUGCAGAAAGACGAGAUGACCGCAAGCGAUAUAUCAUACUGUUCAAAAAGAAGAAACGAGAGGAAAAGCUCACUCCCGAAGAAGUUGCCGACCUGGAUCGGCUCGAGCACAAGCUGACGUACGAAGACCUUCGCUUCUGGCGCUCUCUCGCUCGCAACGAGUUACGCAAAGAAGGUUACAAAAAACCGCAACAGCAGACCUCAACGUGGUCAUCAUGGAUCUGGGGUGGCGGCAAGAGCCAACAGCAGGCUCAGGCCUCAGAUGAUAGUCAUAUGAGCGAAGAACAGCGGAGAGAGCUGUACCAGGCGAUCGACUUCGAAGAGAAGCAGAGUAUUGCGCAAGCCGUCGAUGCGCCACGCGAGGCAGUCAAGAUGCAGGUCGAUAUGAGUCUCAAAACAGGGAGCUUCACACUGCGGAGAGACCCUCACGGCAAGAAACAAGAUAUGCUGAGAUUACUCUUCGACGACUUCAGCACAGAGUUCAUACAACGGACGGACUCGACCCUCGUCGAUCUGAGCCUUGGCGGCAUGCACCUUUUCGAUGGUUCGACGCAGGGCAAUCUCUUUGAACAGAUGCUGACUGUCAAGGACGCCCCUAGCAUUCCUGACAGCGAGCGUGUCAAGGACGUCGAUGAUGACGGCGAAGACAGAUUCGACGAUGCGAAAACCGACCAGGAAGAUGACGGCGAUGAAGGGUCUGAUCCAUUCUUCGCUUUACAGUUCGAAAACAACCCACUUGACAAUCGUGCCGACACAGCCCUGACGGUCAAGCUCAAGGCUCUCGAGAUUGUAUACAAUCCCAACUUUGUGGUUCAGGUCACCAAAUUCUUCAAGCCGCCCGAAAAGCACAUGGAAUCUAUUGGCGCACUGAUGGAGAGCGCCGGCUCGACAGUGGAAGGCCUUCGACAACAGACGAGAGCAGGCCUAGAAUUCGCGCUCCAGGAGCAUAAGACAGUAGAUGUCCAGCUGGAUCUACAAGCUCCCCUCAUUAUCGUCCCUGACACGGUGACCGAGACCAGCAAGAUAUGUCUAAUCGUGGACGCCGGUCACAUUGGUGUUCGCAGUGAUUUGAUUGGAAAAGACACGCUACAUGACAUUCAAAGCAAGCAGAAACAACAGUAUUCGGACCAAGAUUACCAGAAGCUGGAAUCCCUCAUGUACGACAAGUUCAAUGUGAAACUGCAUUCGACUCAAGUUCUCCUGGGAACCACUAUCGAAGAUACCAAGAAGCAGCUCGAGCACAACGCCCCUUCGCAAAGCUUCCAUCUCAUUGAUAGAAUCAAUAUGGACUUCCGUAUUGACACCUGCAUCGUGCCUAAGGCUUCAGAUUUGACCAAGUUCCGCAUUAAUGGCCACCUCCCACUUCUACAUGCUAAAUUCUCAGACGCCAAGUACAAGUCGCUCAUGAAACUUCUCGACUUUGCGAUACCGAAGUUCGAUCAGGAAGAACCUCAUCAGACACCAGCGGAGCAAAAGCAUCUCUCGCCGGAUGCUGGGCAUCACGACAAGCAGUUGCGUAGAAAGAGUGAUGCUGUCCGAGCCAAUCGAAGAUCGGUGCAAAUUGGCCAGGACGACCUGGCAAACGAGAUUGAGAAAGGCACUGAGGCGAAGGAGCGCGAUAUCGAACGCAGCGGCAGUGCCGCAACCAAGAAGCAACAAGAGGCCAAUCCGAACCAACGCAACUUUGAGUUCCAGUUCACUGUCGACAAGCUGCAAGCAUCCUUGUACAAGGCCGAUCUACAAGGCAAAAAAGAUGAUCAAUUGCUCGUUGAGUUAAUUGCCGAGACCUUUCACCUAGAAUUCUACCAACGCCCCUUCGACAUGGUGGCCGACGUGAAGCUCAGUUCGCUUAUGGUGGAGGAUCAUGUAGAAGCAUCGGCAACCGAGGAGUUCAAGAAUCUGAUUUCGAGUGAAGAUCUGGUGACCAAGAAGAAGCAGGAUCUCCUCACCAUUCAUUUCCAGAUGGUGAACAAGCAUCACCCGGACUUCGAGAGCAAGUAUGAAGGCAUCAAGACGAACCUUGACGCGUCCGUGUCUACCAUCAACUUGAUGGUCACGCGCAAGACGCUGCUGACGCUGCUCGAUUUUGCCAUGACCACUUUCGUUCCGCCUCCCAGUGAAAAUACGGACUCGCCCGGAAAAAUCGCAGACAGCGAUAGCGACGAUGAAGAGGAGUUGGCCGACCAGUCCAAGCAAGACAAUGGCGACAAGAUUCGAAUCAGAGCCAAGCUGAAUCGCAUCGCUGUCAUACUGAACAAUGAUGGCAUUCGUCUAGCUACACUCAGUCUGACUUCUGCCGACGCCAACAUUUUCCUUGCAGAUGGUGCCAUGAAUGUGGAGGGUCGACUGGGUGCACUCGAUCUAAUUGACGACAUUAACACUGGUGCUACCGAAAGUUCUGCACUCCAGAAGCUGAUCGAGAUCCAAGGCGACGAUCUACUGGACUUUCGAUACCAGACUUUCAAUCCCCAUGCUCAGGACUAUCCUGGGUACGACAAUACUGUCUAUUUGCGUUCCGGUUCGAUCAAGAUCAAUUUCCUCACUGAGCCCCUGCGGAAAAUUAUGGAGUUUGGUGUUAAAUUCGGCAAGAUGCAAGCCAUCUUUAACGCGGCUCGUCAGGCGGCAGCGAAUCAGGCAAACAGAGUCCAGGAAUCUGCUGGUAAAAUGCACUUUGACGUACUCAUCAAGACACCCAUCGUGAGCUUUCCACGCAUGAUUAUCGCGGACAGUGCAGAACGAGACACGGUCACUGCAUACCUAGGAGAAAUCUAUGCGAACAACAAGUUCGUGUCCCUGGGAGGAGAGGAUGGCGGUGCCACGGCGAACAAAUUGUCUGCUGGUAUACACAAUAUUCGUCUCACGUCCACAUUCCACUAUACCGAAAACCAAUCGGAAGAAUUGGAAAUGAUUGACAAGGUCAAUCUGGACUUCAACAUAACGCAAACCGAGCACAAAAGUGGCCGCGACCGACCAGAUACGGAGAUUGAAGGCUCCAUGUCUAACAUCAACUUGCGUUUGACGGAAGGUCAAAUGAAGUUUCUCAUGGAGUUGUCUCGCAAUAUUCCUCAAGCUUUUGCACUUGAAGACAGCGAGACUCUUUCAGAAGAAGCUGAAGAAGAACUUCCUGCGCACGUGGUCGAGCCAGCUCACGCUGUGCAGCCAGCGGACCAGAAGAAGACUCCAAUCAGUGAUGUGCAGCGCAAACCAUCGCGACAGUCGCCUGAACUGGGCACGGAUGGAGACUCGUGGACUAAGCUUGAUUUCGUCUUCAAGAUUGGUGCUAUUGGUCUCGAGCUUCUGCAGGGCGCACCUGGCAGUCCUGUCGGGGAUAUAGAGGCCGCCAGUCUUUCCAAAUUCUCUCUAAACGAAGCAAGCGUGAAGCUUCGCAUGAUCAGUGAUGGCGCACUUGAAAGCGAACUUGUCGUGCAGUCAUUCACAAUCACCGACACCCGGCAACAGGAGAAAACCAAGUUCCGCAAAAUCAUGUCCCUCAUUAAUAAUGAUGUCAAGCAGCAAUUCAUGGCUAGCGUUUCAAUUUCAGGUGGCGAGGAGAAAAACCUCAUUGCACUGCUCACCGUCGACAGCCCUCGAAUCGUCCUCGCGCUGGACUACAUUUUUGCUGUCCUCAAUUUCGUGCAAACCGGCCUGAAGCAGGAUGAACCAUUGGCCGUGGAAGAUGACAACGAGGGGGCAGAGGAGCCAAUGAGCCCGGAUGAUGCCAGCAUCUCCACACAAGAGAUCGUUCAACGCAAAGAUGCCCAGGCCGAUGAUGCGCCACAGCAACAACAAGCGGCUGGCAUGACCAUUUCCUUCCGCGUCAAUAUGGUUGAUGCACAAGUCAUGCUCAUCGCAAAUCCCGCUAUCAGCAACUCAGAGGCUAUUGUGCUUGGAACCAAACAGGUUUUGGUAUCUCAACAGCAUGCUAUGACUUUGCAAGUCGAGAAGGUGGGCAUGUUCUUGUGUCGUAUGGACCAGUUCGAAACUACCAGAUUGCGCAUUCUGGAUGACUUCAGUAUACAGACCUCUCUGGACAUGCGCUCACAAAGCGCAGACUCCUCGCUCACAAGCAUUGCAGUUGAUAUCGAGCCUCUGGUGCUUCGUCUCUCGCUCCGUGAUAUCAUGCUCGCCAUGCAGAUCGUGAACCGUGCCUCAGCGAUGAACGCAGGUGGUGAUCAAAAGAUGUCUGAUGAGGAACCUAAAAAGCUGCAGGAAGUAAAGAAACAGUCUGCCAAAUCAAAGAAGGGCGCGAUAUCUACCAAGCAUACUGCUGCGUCAAUGUCGAGAAUGCGAUCUCAGAGCAUCAGUACCAAGAAGACAGGUGCCAAGCAAGACGGGCAAACGUCGCCUGCUCUGGGAUCGGCAGUUCUCAAGCGCGAAGAAAUGAAGGUCUCCAUGGACGGCAUCCGCGUCGUGUUGAUUGGUGAUUUACACGAAUUGCCGAUUUUGGACUGGAGCGUGAAGAGGUUCUCCAUUGACGUGGGGGACUGGACAGCGAACCUCACCGCCGAUACUCAAAUCGAUACCUUCUUCAAUGUGUACAACUUUUCUAAAUCGGCAUGGGAGCCAUUGAUCGAGCCUUGGCAGGUCGGCUUCCACAUGGCAAAGGAGACCAGUCCUGACAAGCUGGCCGUUGAGUUGUAUUCGCGCAAAAGCAUGGAGCUGACAAUCACGAGCGCCACAAUUGCACUGGCAAGCAAGUCUGCUCAAUUCCUUAGCAGCGAUGAAGACGUUCUUUCGAAGCCACGCGGCAAUAACGCCCCAUACAAAAUCCGCAAUUGGACGGGUUUUGACGCCGACGUUUGGGCCAGCUCGGAGCAAUCUGGCGACGACGAAGGCCAGGCUACGAAGCUCGCAGAUGGCGAAGAGCACCCUUGGCGAUUCGAAGACCCUUCUACCACUCGUGAAACGCUCAGUCCCGAAGGCCAGACCGGUGUCAUUGGUGUGCGGCUCGAGGGCAGUGGCUUUGACAGCGUUGACCGCAUCCAAGUCAAUCGCGAGGGCGAAGAAUUGUACAAUCUCAAGCCGAGAAAGGAUAAAAUCCAGCACCGCAUGCUUGUUGAGGUCAGACUUGGUACGGACAAUGUCAAGUAUAUCACGCUGCGAAGCCCAAUGCUGGUAGAAAACCAUACACAAAUCCCCGUCGAAUUGGGUGUAUUUUCACCAGAAGAGGGACAUCUGCUAAAGAUUGAGAAGAUUGCGCCUGGAGAGUCCCGGCCAUCUCCCGUUGGCGCAGCAUUUAUGCACUCUCUUGUCGUCCGGCCUGAUCAAGGCUUUGGUUACACUUGGUCCAAUGAGCAGCUGUUCUGGAAGGACUUGCUCAAACGUCCCGUGAGAACAAUGACUUGUCGAGGCGAGUCUGAUGACAGCAGUCCACCGUUCUACUUCCAGAUGCAGGCAGUCUUCGACAAGAAUAAUCCUCUCACGUCAGUGUAUCCCUACAUGCGCCUCCGACUGUCAGCACCAAUCGAAGUACAGAACUUACUGCCAUUCGAUUUCAAGUAUCGCAUCUACGACAAGAACACCAAGAAGGACUGGACGAACUUCCUGCGCAAGGGCGGUGUGUCGCCUGUGCACGUCGUGGAGCUGUCACACCUCUUGCUCCUGAGUAUCGACAUGCAGGAUACGCCUUUUAAGGCGAGUGAAUUUGCAAUCAUCAACACCAGUGAUAAGAAUGACUUUCAACGCGAGAAGACGCUCACGGUGAAGGACAACAACAACCUUGACUUGAGGCUCAAGAUUCAUUACUACAAUGUACCGGACAGUGGUGGCGCUUUCAAGAUUACGAUUUACAGCCCGUAUGUUGUACUCAACAGGACGGGCCUGGAGCUGGACAUCAGAAGCAAAGCAUACUUUGGAGCGACGAGUCGUGCCGCUGGCCAGGCUACCUUCGCAAAUACGGAAAAUGAUGCGAGGACAGCGAAGCCAUUCAUGUUUUCUUUCCCUACAGAUGAUCGCAAGAGCCGUGCUGUGAUCAAAGUUGGGAAUUCUACUUGGAGUGGACCGGUCAGUUUUGACGCGAUCGGUGCGAACGUCGAUGUCAAGCUGGGCGCAGAAUCUGGUCGAGCGGAGAUGCAUUGUGGAAUCACCGUCUCCGAAGGCGAGGGCAAGUACAAGCUCACCAAAGUUGUCAGCGUCACGCCACGAUUCAUCGUAAAGAACAAGUUGAGGGAGGCUAUUCAGAUCCGCGAACCUGGAUCGAGCGAAGCGACCACACUGCAAGCCGGAGAGCUGCAUCCGCUCAGGUUCUUGAAGCAGGCUACGGGGCAACAGCUCAGCUUGUGCUUUCCUGGAGUUAACAACUCGUGGUCGUCUCCUUUCGACAUUGCGAACGUCGGCUCUGUGCAUGUGAAGCUUGCUAAGGCAGGUGAGAGGCAGCGAUUGGUUCGUGUCGAGGUGCUUAUGGAAAAUGCUACAAUUUACCUGCAUCUCAGUCUAGAGACGAAGCAUUGGCCAUUCUCUAUGCGAAAUGAGUCGGAUCAGGAAUUUCUCUUCUGGCAAGCCAACCCGAAUGUGGACGAAGACGAAGAAGAUAGGACUUCUGGCUGGAAGCCGAUUCGGUAUAGACUGCCAGGCCGAAGCAUCAUGCCAUACGCCUGGGACUACCCGUCGACGAAGAACAAAAAUCUUAUCAUCAGCGCCAAUGGAAAGGAGAGGCACAUCAAGCUUGCUGAGAUUGGUAACCUGAUCCCUAUGCGCAUUCCCGCCAAGGGACAGUCAGGCCAAAAGAUUGUCGAUCUCAAUGUCAUUGCAGAUGGGCCCACGCAGACAUUGGUCAUGAGCAACUACAAGCCACAUAUGAGUUUGUACAAGCAGAAGUCGGCCAAUGCGAGCCAGAGCACUACUGCAGGGUUCGAGGUCAAGGAACAAGAUACGGACGUCAAGAUGCGUGCAACGCUACGCUUUGCCGGUAUUGGCAUCUCACUGGUCAAUUCACAACUCCGAGAGCUGGUCUAUGCUACCUGGCGAGACAUUGAGUUGAAGUACACAGACUCGGAGCUGUAUCAAACUGUGAGCCUUACGAUCAAGUGGAUCCAGAUCGACAAUCAACUGUACGGCGGCAUCUUUCCUCUUAUCUUCUACCCUUCUGUUGUCCCGAAGACUGGAAAGGAAAUGGAGAGCCAUCCCAUCUUCCGCACUGCGGUCACCAAAGUCAAGGAUGAUUCAUAUGGUGUGCUGUACAUCAAAUACUUCACGUUUUUGAUGCAACAGAUGACGAUUGAGAUUGACGAGGACUUUAUUUUCGCAUUACUUGAUUUCACCAAAGUUCCUGGCGCGAGCUGGACAGAGGAGAAAGAAGGACAACUUGCACCUGAGAGUCUUGAAGUGCCCGAGCCGACCCAGACGGAGAGCGGACAGGACAUUUACUUCGAACUGCUGCAUCUGCAGCCCAUGCAGUUCGAUUUAUCUUUCGUUCGAACGGAGAGAAUCAACGCCGAGGACACCGGAAGCAGCUCAAGCAAUCCUUUCAUGUUUGCCGUAAACGUUUUGACGAUGAGUAUUGGAAACGUGAAUGACGCGCCCAUCAGGUACAACGCCCUCAUGCUAGAGAAUGCGAGGUUGAGUACAGGCGCUCUCAUAAGCAGCAUUCAGAGCCACUACGUUCAGGAGUCUUUGCGACAGGUCCACAUAGUCAUUGGAUCCGCCGAUUUCCUCGGCAAUCCUGUGGGUCUUUUUACAAACAUUGCAUCUGGUGUUGGAGACAUCUUCUACGAGCCAUACCAAGGGCUCGUCACCGAUCGCCCGCAGGAUCUCGGCGUUGGAAUUGCAAAGGGCGCUAGUAGCUUUGUCAAGAAAAGCGUGUUUGGUAUCUCCGACAGUGUGAGCAAAUUUACGGGAUCCAUCUCCAAAGGUCUGGCAGCUGCAAGUAUGGACAAGGAGUUUCAGGAUUCGAGACGUAUGUCCCGAGCCAGAAAUCGGCCGAAGCACGCGCUCUACGGUAUCACGUCUGGUGGUAAUGCUUUCGCGAGCAGCCUGGCAAGCGGUAUUGGCGGACUGGCAAGACAGCCCUUGCAAGGUGCUGAACGCGAAGGCGCCGCUGGUUUCGUGAAGGGCGUGGGCAAAGGUCUGCUUGGUCUGCCGACGAAGGCACUGAUCGGAGGCUUCGAUCUUGCGUCUUCCAUGGCCGAGGGUGUGAGAAACACGACUACGGUAUUCGACCAAGAAGGACUGGAUCGUGUUCGACUAGCAAGAUUCAUCGGAACUGAUGGCAUCGUUCGCCCCUACAGUCAGCGAGAAGCCUUGGGACAGUUCUGGCUCAAGACUCUGGACAACGGGAAGUAUUUCAAUGAAAGCUACAUUGCUCACUUGGAGUUGAAUUCGGGCAGUCAAGGCGAUCGAUCGGGGGCCAUGUCACCUACCAGCCCGCGAAGUCCUACGCAGACGUCGGAAGCGAGCAUGUUGGUCAUGAUCACCUACAAUGCCAUUAUGCUGGUUCGAGCUAAGAAGUUGACCUCUGAAUGGGAGGUCCCGUUGAAGGACAUUCAGACCAUUUCGAAGGAGAGGACGGGAAUGAGCAUCAUAUUGAAGGGUGGGACGAAUGGGCCUUUUAUUCCUAUUGCUGAUGAACAGAGUCGGAAUUGGUUGUAUCGGCAGGUUGCGAUUGCGGUGAAUGCCUAUAAUGAUCGAUGGAAUGCCAAGGGGUAACGGAAGACGGAAGAUGGGAGCACAGGACGAUCAGACGAGGGAGAGCAGCACCUGAUGUGACACCUCAGAUUCUUUUAUCGCGAGACCUACGAUGGCAUGUCCUACUAUCACCUCGACACAGUACCCAGAUCAAUACUACCUACCAUAUUUUAAUGAAAGUGAUUUGAUGGAGACAAUGGCGUUUGCGACGGACCGAGAAACGAUACAACAUGGUUGCUCCUCUUCGCCAGCGCCAACAUCCAUCUUUGCGUGUUCAUGGUUGCACUCCAAGACACAUGACCAUACACCGAAUUUAGUAUACCUCUUCUUGUGACGACAUACCUCCUACAUGUACAUGUCGUUCGGGAACCAUUCUUACCUAC